GUGAAAAAUGGCGGCCCUUACACAACGACUUGGUCGAUUGUUGGGCCAAUAAUUGUGACGCAGCUACCCGCUACUUAUUGGCAAGCUGCAGUAGACGAUGUCAAAUCAUCCGCUGUGGAAUGUGUGUGAAUUCUUCAGCGCCAUUCGCAUGCGACAACUCUCCCAAAGGACUCGUAUUUUCUGUAUUUUUGUUUUUAUUAUUUUUUGUUUGAAGCUAAGCAGCACCGGAGGAAUACAGUCUAGUGCCCACCGGACAACGCUUAGGGCUGCUGUUCUUGCAUUUCAAACUGGUGUUUAAAGCGCGGCCUAGUUUCGGCGCGGCCAUACAAACACAUGUAGGUGUUUGACUUGCUGUGUGUACAUUCCACAAUAUCCGACCGACGCGACGAACCUUACAUACUUAGUGGAGCGUGGAGCGCCACACUGGUGCGACAGGCUAUCUACACAUUCAAGGAAAGAAAAUUGCGUUUGGCCAUUCCUGAAACUUCCUAGCAGUAGAAGUAACCAAACGUCUGCUCUUUAGGUUGUUUAAAAAUAUCGAGUUUUUGCGAUAGACCGAUUAAACGAAACAAUUUAUGUCUAAUAAUUUGUGUAAAAGAAUAAAAAGUUUUUUGUGAUAAGUAUUUAGCGUUAUUUAGUGUUAAUUAUAAGAUUAUACGAUGAUAUUUCUGGCGAUUAUUGAAACGUCCAGCGAGCCGAGGAAUAUCUACAAACUACAUCAGCGGCAGGACGUAAGGGAUCAGUGGCCUGGAUUAACCUGUGUUUUCUCUGGCUUUCGUAGCUGUAGCUGUGACCUGCUUUGGCUGUGAUUCGCUGUAGCUGUGACCCGCUGUAGCUGUGACCCGCUGUGGAUUUACCCUGUUUUAGCUGUACCCUGCUGUAGCUGUGGCCUGCUGUAGCUGUGACCCGCUGUAGCUGUGGCCGACUGUAGCUGUGAUCCGCCGUGGAUGUACCCCGCUGUAGCUGUGGCCCGCUGUAGCUGUAGCGGUUGAAGACAAAGAUCAGCUGGAGCAAGAUGGCCGCAGCCGUCGCCCUCACGUUGGCCACCCUCGCCUGUUGCUUGGCCACAGUUCGAGGUCAGUGUGACCCGAGUCACACAGUGGUGGCCGUGGCCAGCGUCUUCUCCACACUGGGCGUAGUGCUCAUCGUGCUGGCCGCAGCUUGUUGCUUCGUCAGGAGACGGAAGGCUGCCAAAAAGUUGGAGUUUGGCGAGAAUCGACGAGACGAGGGAUAUGUCAACAGCGCCUUCACACAGGACAACUUGCUGCGUGCUGAGGAAGGCGUGUCACCUCCCAAGUCCCAAAGAUCCCCAGAGCUGAAAGGGAUGAUCUUCAGCAAUGAAAAAACGUGGAACUCUCUACCGAGAAAUGACAGGUUUGGUCGUCUCUACAAGGAGAGCUCCUAUGGCUCACUGGAUGGGAACAUGAGCAGUAGUGACCCAGAGGUCAUCAGUGUGACCCUUGAGAGUCAGGAUAUUAUUGGCCUAGGAUUCAACAUUUGUGGUAACUAUGGUGAUGGCAUCCAAGUCAGUGAAGUCAAUAACCGUGGACCAGCCAAAGAGUCAGGACAAAUUAAAGUUGGAGACAGAAUCCUGAGUGUGACAGUGUCAUACGAGCACAUCGUCUACGAAGACGCUCUAACAAUCUUGAGUUAUGCCUCACCAUAUCCUGUGAAAAUACUUGUACAAAAAGCCACAGACGACAGCCUAAAGACGUUUGAUGGCAAAAACAUGAGGCAUGAGAGCAGGCGCCUCAGCCACCCCCUGUACCGCAGCCGCUCCAUGGACACCAUCAAGUCCCCACCCCAGAGGGAGCCCACCUCACGCUCCUCGCAUCCAAAACGUACUCAGAGUGACCUGAAAUCUGGGCACAAGUUUUUAAAGUGGUCAGGUAAAAAUUCCAGAAAAAGCCAAGAAAGUUUGGUCAAACUUGAGCCGGUGUCCCGCCACAGUGCAGACACAACCCAGGCUGAAGUGGUUCACGCAGAGAGCAAUGCUCCGGUGGGGCGCGCUGGUGCUGGCGUCAGACUCUCCAGCAUCGCAGACUCGCACAGCUCGGAAGAAAACUACGCACCUGUCACAGAAGCUGACAUUAUCUCCAAGUUUGUAGAAAACAAUUUAACUCAUCAAAAAGUCGUUCCUGACAAGCCAGAGCGGAAAAGAAGGAAAAGUGACAUCUCCUAUAUUCCGCAAGACUCUGGAAUAGCAGAGGUUUUUACAAGUUCUCAGCAAGAAUACCUUCAUUCUCAAGGCGUGGGUAGCCAGGAAAUUGAAGAGGAGUUGAUAGUGCCAGAUAGGAUAGAGAGAGAGGAAGAUGGAGACCUGAGUGAGCAGGACCAGACAGAUGACCAGGCUAGAAGCAUUCAGGAUGCUCUGCAUGUGCUGACAAAGACAAGCUUCAGGGAUUACUUCAAUGACUACAUACACAAUGUGCGGAGUCCAUCACCUGAGGCAGACCCUGUUGAGGAAGAAAUUAUUGUCCCUGGUUUAAAAUCUGAUCCUUCCCUCCUCUCGUCUGCCCCACCCCCUCAUGAUGAGGCAGGUGAAACCAACUCAAACAAGAUGGCUGAAGAGAAGGGAGCAAAACUUUUAAAUGAGCAGAUCUUAGAGCGGAUCAUUGCCAUGAAUUCUUUCCCUCCUGGGACCCAGGGUUUGGCAGGGGUCAUGGCAGGGGGGUCUCAGGGUGGAGUUGUGGAUGAUUUUAUCCCAGACAAUCCAAGCUUUAUUCCUCAGCCAGUUCCUAAACCAGUUUUAGAUAAACAAUUAGGUGUCAAACAAUCUGAGAGUAACGUCCCCUCGUCUAGCGCACCAUCUGCUUCUGUAACAAAGAACCGCAACUUGGCGUAUGAGAUCAGAGAUGAUCUCAUCACAGGGAUACCAUUUGCUAUAGAGAUCAACAAACACAAGCAGAGAUCUGACUUGAGUGACUACUUGUCUCGCACCCACAGUUCUGACAGCAUCAAGAACUUUGACGACCAGAAGACAGCAUUGCACACCUCUAGUAGUUUUGACAAUGGUAGAAUAAUCCAGGUGUCUGGGGCCAGCCCAGCCUGGCAAAAUGGAACUGAUGGCUUUAAGGAAGACGAUACAUUAGACUGGUCAGGUCAACGACUUGUUCGCUCGGAAUCUUUUAGCAAUAUUUUUGUCAAUGAUUGAAUUUCCACUGUCGUGUGUAAAAAAUGUAUAAAUUUUCUAGAAUUAACAGCUAUUCAGGUAGUAGGUUGUCAGGUGGAGCAGAGUCGACCAGUUUCACAUAUAAUGUUAAUGUGCAGGUUUCUGCAGGGGACCACUAAUUGUAUAUAAGAAUAUUUAUUUUUGUAAAUUUGAACACAGGCCAAUUCUUGUCUCAUGGUUGUAACUUAUCGCAGUCUAUCUUCUGCACCGACUGGUACCAUUGUAAGGCUGGGCACAAGGCAGUAUGGUGGACAGAGGUGUAUCCA